AGACAAUUCAGUCAACUCAAAUGUAUAGUAGCACAGCAAAACUCUGCGAGUUUUGUGCUCAUGAAUAUGAAAAGUUGAAAGACAUGGCUGCUGCCGCUCUGGCCUAUAAAUGCAUGGAGGUUGCAUACAUGAAAGUAAUUUAUUCUUCACAUACUAGUGCAAGUGUGGAUCGGAAUGAGUUGCAAACUGUUCUACAAAUUGUUCCACCUGGUGAAUCUCCUUCCUCUUCGGCUUCUGAUGUUGACAAUGUGAACAACCAAUCAACUGUAGACAAGGCUGCCUUGGCCAAAGGUGUUAGUUCACCUCAAGUUGCUGGAAGCCAUGUUAUCACUACAAAAAAUCGUUCUAGUUUCGCUAGGCUACUGAACUAUGCACAGGAUGUUAGUUUUGCCAUGGAAGCCUCCAGGAAAUCUAGAAUUGCUUUUGCAGCUGCUAAUCCAAGACUUGGAGAAACACACCCUAGAGAGGGUAUCUCUUCUGUCAAAAUGGCACUUGAUUUUAAUUUCCAAGAUGUGGAUGGAUUAUUACGCCUCGUUCGGGUUGCCAUGGAAGCCAUCAGUCAUUGAAGUACCUGUUACACUUCAUAAUAAGCCAAUCCCCAGUCUCUUCUAUCUUCAAUUUCUUAUUUUCAGUUGAAGGAAGAAAAUAAAGAAGGAUCUCUUAUUCACCAAAUUAUCCAUGCUAGGGACUCAAUCAAAUCGGCACCCUUGUAUAUCUGUACAGUAAUGGCUUGUUUGGUUGUGUGAAUUCUAUAUGGCACUGGGCAGUAUGAGAGGAAACAUAAACCUAAAAUCUUACCUGUUGUCCUGUCCAGUCCUGUACUUUACUGUGUACCAUACUUGCUCUAGUAGUUGAGUUCAAAAUGUGUAUUCUUCAAUAUGGCUGCUCGUGGAUGAAAAUAACUGUCCUGAGUUUUUCAAGCUUGGUUGAUGUUACCGUUAAAGACUUCUGCAUGAUUAAACUCAUGGUCGGACUAACGAUGUUGAUAAAG